AUGUGUGUGCAGGUGGAGCGCCUCAGCCUGGCAACGCCGAUGUACAGGGGGUCUCCGCACCAGUCCCCUCCGUACGAUGACACUCCCUUUGCAGAGCCUGAUGCAUUGCUGGAUGAUGGGACUGCCUGUCACCGCACAGGAGGCUGUGUCAAAACCCCUGGCCAUCAGGGCUUCUGCUCCAACCACAAGGGGUACAGGCGCCGUGCUGACGAGGAUGGCACAGGACCGCAGGGCGCGCACUGCCUCUCUCCCGGAGAAGAGGCGGACGUGUGCGGAGCGAUCCAGGCAUGUGAGCCAGACCCCAGGGGCGACAUCGUCGAACCCAAGCGCAAGUCGGCCGCUGCAAAGCGGCGCCGCCCUGCCAGGCGCCAUGCAGGGAGCCCAAGGCGCCACCAGCGUGACAGCGCGCCACACCUCGUGGCCGUGGCAUGCGGCGGCAUGAGCGGCACUUACGACCUGCGGCAGGGCAGCAUCGCUGUGCAGAGCGCAGACUACGCCCAGGCCGCUUGCGUGCACCUGGCACCUGCGGAGUUUGUGGGCCAGGCGGGAGAGCGGGAUAUCUCAGGCCUGCACUGGAUGGAACAGCUGUACGUCCCGGGUGCAUCACUCAGGCGGCCGGGUGAAGAGUCACGAGCAGUGUCUCUGGGAGCAUGGCUCCGUCAACAGGGCCUGUUGCUGGACGCUGAAGGCGUCAUGAUGACUGAUGCGCGAGUCGCCGGCCUCGCGUCGGACUUUGAGGCCCUGCGAGGGCCCGGCGGCGGCCGCGGCCUGCCCAGAAACAGGCAUGCUCUGCUGUUGCUGGGAGGGAGCGCCGUCGUGAGGAAGUCACUUGAGAUGUCACCACCGGCCACGCCCACCAAGCGCCUGCGCAGCUCUCUCCGCGCCGGUUUCGCCGCGGUGCACUCUGGUGCACCGGGCGCCACAGCUGAGGACAGCCUGGCCGCAGAAGCGCUCAUCUCUCUCUGUGCCGACUCCUCCGGCGAUGCGGCCGCACAUGCAUGUGCGGAGCUCGGCACUGAGGCAGCCUCCGCUCCUGCAGCUGCUGCUUUUGAGGCUUCUGCUGGUGGGGCCUGGGAUGCUGAGCCCGUGGGAGGAGCAAGGCCUCUCCAGGUUCGGAGCCAGAAGAAGCGAGACGCCUUAGGCAAGCGCAUAGAGAAGCCUCUGCGCAAGAGCAACCUGGGCCCAUAUGCGUCGGUGGUGAAAAUUGAACAAGCAGCGCUGUUCAGCAGCCAGGCCUCCUGGCAUGCGCAGCACGGCAACAGAGGAUUGGCUGAUGUAUACAGACAGCCCCGGGCACUACGCCAGGCAAAGUGGCAGGAAACGAGCCUGGCCAUGCUGGGACCGGCAGCUGCCGAGCAGGUGGCCGCUGCUGCGGAGGAAGCUGCGCAGCAGGCGGAAGCUGCCGCCGAAACGGCCGCAGCGCGCGCCCGGUGUGAGCUUCCAGGUGGCGCCGCCUCGCGCCGCCAGCUCAGCGCUGAGUUGGAGGCCGGCGGCGUGGGCAUCAGCCGCGCUGGCAGCUGCCAGAUAUCACAGGAUGAGUCACCAGCCCCUGUUGCUGCCGCGCCACUCAAUGCACAACUGCUGGAAGCACAGGAGAGUCUCCUUCAGCUCAGCAAGGCCCUGAGGCGGCCUGGGAGGGAGGGCCUGCAGCCUCAGGGCAGCUCCAACCUUGCUUGCACACUGCCAGGGAUGACUGCUCAGCCAGCAAAGCCUGCGGAUGCAGACAGCAAGCAGCAUGCCAGGCUGCAAGCCCUUGUGGGACCACAGCCAGAGCAGAGACUCAGGCUGCUCGGUGCAAGCACUGCUGGCACUGCUGCUGCCCCCGUGCAGAUGAGAGGCCAAGCACCUCCACAUAAGUCUGUACCAGACCACCCAGGCAAAGCCAGCUCUGCAAUCGCGCUGUUCAAGCCAACGCCACAAAGGCACGGCAAGAAUCUCUUGGAAAUGUUCACCAGCGAGCGGCCAAUGUGGGAGCCGCAUGUUGCUCCCGUUCAGGGGAGCCUGCUUCCAGGAGCUCAGCCAAGCGCUGAGUCAGCAGAGCUUCCAGGCAGGCUGAUCUCCCCCUUCGCCAAGGCCCCUACUCUCCAGCCUCGAGGAGCUAUGCAGACACAUCAGGGCGAGAGCGCCUUCAGUAGGAUGGGCCCUGCUGGGCGUGCAGAUGAAGCCAGCGAGCGCAUCAGAGCCUACAGGCCAGAGGCUUUUGCAGAUCAGCAUCAGGGUGCAGCUCAGCAUGCAGAGGCCGGUUGGACUGUUGCCAACAUGGAUGCCGGCUGGGCGGCUGUUCCAUGUCUGGCAGCCCCAAGGACAUUCCCCAAAGCCUCUGAGGUGCAGCGCAUGUGGCAGCAGCAUGGCAGGGACAGUACAAGUGCCCAGCAUGCAGUGCCUGGUGGGCACUGGCAGCCUGCCCUUACAGGAGCGGCAGAUGACACAGAUGUUUUGCCACUGAACCAGGCAGCAUCCCGGGGCAGUGGUCCUUCCGUCCCUGCCGCAUUUCAGCCUUGGGGCAUGCAUGACAAGCAGGGAAUGAUGCUCGGUGGGCAAGCCAGCACAGUGCAGCAGGGAGAACCACAUUAUGUCCAGGAGCACAUGGGGGUCGCAAAUGCAGCCACGGGGCAGGCGAUGCCUGGAUCCGGGUUCUUGAGCAACCAACAGACGUCUCACAGAAAGCCCAAGGCAGCAGAGGCCAGCCCUCAAGCAGGGCCGAGCUCUACCCCUACAGGUGCUCAGCAGCUCAGCCCUCACAGCCCUGUGUGCAGCCCAACUGGGAUGGUGUGA